AUGCAGCUGGCGACGAGCAGCUGGCGCGAGCAUCUGGCCGCCAACACGACGUCCGCGCAGUCGAAGCGGGCGGAGUGCAGCGCGUGGCAGGUGGGUCAAGGCUGCUGCACGCCACUGGGAGACACCGCGUCUUCGUGGUCGUUCGCUUCGCAUGGCGCGCAUGGCACUUGGUCAAGCACCCCAGCGUUCAUCCGCUUCGACUUCCAGGACGAUACGAUCUGUGGUGGCGUGGCGAAUGCCAGGCAACACGGGGACGCAGUUCUCACUUUGAACGACGCUUCGCCCAUCGACCUGACCCUUUCGAUGACGGGCGUGGCGGAGGCCCAGUACGAGAGAUUCCAGCUGUACGUGGACGACGUCCUGCGCGUCACGGUGCAAGCUUCAAACGGCCACGGAGGCAGCGCAUGCUAUGUCAGCACUUGCAUCAUGUGCGAUGUCAACAUGCCUUCGCAGACGUUCUCGCUUUCAGCCGGGCCGCACACAAUCAGAGUCGUGGUUGAUUCUCUCGACGGUCUGUACCACAAUGACGCCUUCUUCCAGAUCUCAUUCGGCAAAAGCAGCCCGACGUGUGGCGGGUGCACUUGCUCGGCGUCGACGCCCAGCCCGACGCCCUUCACGACCCCGUAUCCGACGCCUUACCCGACGCCCUACCCGACGCCCCACCCGACGCCCUAUCCGACGCCCUACCCGACGCCCUAUCCGACGGCGUACCCGACGCCCUACCCCACGCCCUACCCGACACCUCAUCCGACGUCCUUUCCGACGCCCUACCCGACGCCCUUCCCGACGCCCUUCCCAACGGCCUUCCCAACGGCCUUCCCGACGCCCUUCCCGACGCCCUACCCGACGCCCUUUCCGACGCCCUUCCCAACGGCCUUCCCGACGCCCUUCCCGACGCCCUUCCCGACGGCAUUCCCCACGCCCAGCCCGACGCCCAGCCCGACGUAUCCUCCUGGCUGGCCGACGCCGCAUCCGACGUUUCCUUCCGGAGCUCCCAUGGCGGGUGGAGCCGGCGGUGCGGCUGCCACUGGCGAUCCCCACCUGCAAAACGUUCUUGGUCAGCGGUUCGAUUUGAUGAAGCCGGGCAAGCAUAUUCUGGUGAACAUCCCUCGCGGAAGACAGACGCGCGCAUUGCUUCGCGUUGAGGCCGAUGCACGCCAAUUGGGUGGACAAUGUGCAGAUAUGUACUUCCAAGAAUUGAAUGUUACAGGGGCCUGGGCAGAGGUAAAACAGGCUGGAGGUUAUCACUACGUCGCGUCGCAGCGUGCCGUCGGGACUCCAGAGUGGGUUGCUUUUGGUAAGCUCGAGAUGAAAGUCGUCCAUGGAAGCACGCAAAGUGGUCUCCCAUACUUGAACUUCUACGCCAAGCAUUUAGGGCGAACAGGGUUUGCAGUCGGAGGCCUCCUGGGAGAAGACGAUCACGCCGACGCAACCAUUCCUAUGGCAGAGUGUAAAGGGCACGUAUCCCUUUGA